AUGUCGUCACCAACAAAACGAGUUGCUGUAAUUGGAGCUGGUGUCAGCGGAUUGGUAUCCAUCAAAUGUUGCAAUGAUGAAGGACUCGGUCCAGUUUGUUUUGAACAAAGUGAAGAAAUCGCUGGUAUUUGGAACUAUCAUGACAACCCACGUGAGGGUGAUGGCGCUGCACUAUACGAAAACUUGGUGACAAAUACCAGUAAAAACAUGAUGUGUUUUAGUGACUUCCCCUUUUCCAGAGAAGCGCCACCCUACCUCAGACAUCAUCUGGUACUCAGAUACUAUCAACAAUAUGCUGAACACUUCGGACUUUAUAAAUUCAUCAAGUUUAACACCAAAGUAUUAAAGAUCAAGCCAGUGGCAAACUUUUCCCAGACUGGUCAAUGGGAGGUAUAUGUAAAGACUAAUGGGCAGUCAGAACGAAAGGAAGUAUAUGAUGCUGUGAUGUGUUGUACUGGAUUAAACAGCUCCCCCUAUAUGCCAGAAAUAGAAGGAAUGGAUUUAUUUGAAGGAUCCGUGUUGCACAGCAAUAGAUUCAGAAGGGAUUCAGAUUUUCGAGAAAAAACUGUUGUAGUUGUUGGCGAUGCAUAUUCAGCCGGAGAUGUUGCCGUAGAGACCAGUAGAUGUGCUAAGCAGGUGUAUAUUUCCAUGCGGGAUGGAACGUUUGUUAUCCGACGCAUGGGUAGCAAGGCUAUUCCAAUUCACGAACGUACACACAAACGUGUAAUGAAAUUACUUCCUGUGGCAGUGAGAAAUUAUGCAUUGGAGACAUUAGUGCUUUCCGAGCUGAAUCACACAAGAAUGGGAUUGAAAUCUAGUAAACCAAUGUACAAACAUCGAGUAAUGAUCAAUGAUGAGAUUGCCAAUCGUAUAUUCUGUGGUGCCGUGGAGUGUAAACCUGUCAUACAACAAUUGAAUAAAAGAAGUGUGAAGUUUGUGGACGGCACGGUAGUGGAUGACGUAGACGCCGUUAUAUGUGCAACUGGUUACAAUGCAACAUUUCCAUACUUGGAUAACGAUGUUCUUGCAGGUUAA